AUGCCCCAGAAAAUCCAUAUCUCAAACUGGCCUUGCUUUUCACUUUGCACAGGUGUUGAUCAAGUGGGGCAGAAAUGGGUAAUUGUAUUCAACUUCUCAUCCAUUAACCCAAGGGAGGAGCUGCAGCUGGCUGAAUUAAGACUCCGCUCAUUUGCUGCCUCACCCACCUUUCCCUCAAACUGGAUGGUCCUAGAAGUCACAGAGCAGCUUUUCAAGUGGUUCAACAGUAGGAAUUCAACAAAGAAUUCAUCCAGGAGAUCUCCAGCUCAGACAAGAAGAUAUGCCACACAUUUGCCUAAAAAAGAGCGCAAGCACUGUAAAUUGAAUUCUGCUGACAAUCAGGUGCUCCUAGUGCUUUUCCCCAGUUUCUCCAAAGGAGGGAAGAGAGUGGGAUGCUCAACUCUGCUGCAGACGGCUAAGGGUUCAAAGUACUUGAUGCAGGGCACAAUGCACCUGUGGAGUACCAAGACGCACAGGCACCACAAGAAACUCCAAGAGCUGGUUUUACAGAGCCCAGAGAGAGCUGGUUCUAAAUCUUUGUGCAGAAGAGUGGACUUCCAUGCGGAUUUUGAUGGAAUAGGCUGGGGCUCCUGGAUUGUAUACCCCCCAAAAUAUAAUGCUUUCUGCGGCGAAGGGGAAUGUCCCACAUCACCUGAAGAGGAAUUCCAGCCCACUAACAAUGCCUAUGUGCAGAGUUUGUUGAAAUAUUAUCACCCUGAUCAUGUUCCUGCUUCCUGCUGCAGUUCACUGAGAAUGAGUCCACUUAGCAUGCUCUAUUAUGAAGAGGGACAGGUUACAAUAGGCCACCAUGAGGACAUGAUUGUAGAAGAGUGUGGCUGCUACUGAGGAAACUGCAGAGCUCUGUGCAGGCUUCAGUUCUAGAGGUAGGAGCUGCAGCCCCCUUUGCAUAUUUGCAGAGCUACCAUGAACAAGACAGCCCUAAAAUGCAGCCAUCUUAAAAGUUACACAGCAUUUUGGACAAGGGGAAAAGGAAAUUUCCCUACUCAUACAUGGAAAGGAUGACAAGCUGUGCCAAACCCCAGUACUUUCAGUUACCAAAGCAACUCAA